CCGUCCACCAUUUCAAAAAAAAACUUUCAUUGACUUUAUAACCAUAGGGUUUGAAUCUCCCUGACCGCCCUCUUCGUUUUUGAAUUUGGCUUCACUCUGAUCUCUCUCUCUCUCUCUCUCUCGAUUGCGUCUUCUCUCUCGGAUCUGCUUGUGCUUGAGGUCUGAUCGAUUGCCAGGUCGAGGUUUUGAACAUCUUCAUCUUGUUCAUCUGCAUUUCUUUGUUAGUGAAGUAGGCGAAGAAGUUUCUAUAAGUUUGAAUUGUGUCUGACGAAUUCCAUCCUAUAUGUUCGGUUUCUGCAGUCCAUCGGAUUUUCGAAUGAAAACUAACUGCUGGCUCUUCUUAGGAAGAGUAGAAUGAUUUGGAGGAAAUAUUCGGGCGAGAGUUGCAGUGGAGUUGGAGUUAGGCUAGGCAGCUUUAACUGCCUGAGGAAAAACUAUGGAAAGUGAUCCUCCGGUUUGUACUCGUUCCGAUGUGCCUGGCGACAGUGGUCGGAGUAUUCAAGCUCUGCACAGCCGAAGGACAAGCGGCCCUACAAGACGUUCCACCAAAGGCCAAUGGACAGCUGAAGAGGAUGAAAUCUUGCGGAAGGCUGUCCAACGUUUCAAAGGCAAGAACUGGAAGAAAAUUGCGGAAUGCUUCAAGGAUCGAACUGAUGUGCAAUGUCUACAUAGAUGGCAGAAGGUUUUGAAUCCAGAACUUGUCAAAGGUCCAUGGUCUAAAGAGGAAGAUGAAACAAUUGUUGAAUUGGUGCAAAAGUAUGGACCUAAGAAAUGGUCCACCAUAGCACAACACUUACCUGGACGUAUUGGUAAGCAAUGUAGGGAAAGGUGGCACAAUCACCUAAAUCCAGCCAUAAACAAGGAGGCGUGGACACAGGAAGAGGAGUUGGCACUCAUUCGUGCUCAUCAAAUAUAUGGAAAUAGAUGGGCAGAGCUAACGAAAUUCUUGCCUGGCAGGACAGACAAUGCUAUAAAGAACCACUGGAAUAGUUCUGUGAAAAAGAAGUUGGAUUCUUACUUGGCCUCCGGUUUACUUGAACAGUAUCAACCCCUGCAUCAUCAUGCACUGCAAUCAAGCCUACCCAUUCUUUCAUCUUCAAGGGUGCAGAGCAGUAUAGAUGAUAGCUGUCUCAGAGGGACAGAAACAGAGGACAUAUCUGAAGUCACUCAAACUUCAGCUACUGUUCCACGCACGAAAGAGGAAUGCCAAUUGGCUGAAGAUGUUCUUAUAAAAGAGGAAACAAACUCGACACCACAUUGUCUAGAGCAAUAUCAUGGUUCUUUGGAUGACAUCACGUUUUCGAUUCCUGAAAUGCUCCGUGAAUUGGGUUGCUAUGCGAAACCACCUAACCAAAAUUUGUCACAGGAUUGCAGAACUUCAUCAACUGGAGAUAACCAAUAUAAUUUGUACGAGUUGCCAAAUAUUUCUUCACUGGAAUUAGGUCAAGAGUUGCCACAGUUUCAAGCAAUUGGAUCUCAGGAAGCAGAGAAUAUAUCCCAUCAAACUUCUGCUGGAUUGAGCGCAUCUACUGUCGAAAAUAUGGACAGGGCUUCAGAUAAACCUGAACAUAUGCUGAUAUCUGAUUAUGAAUGUUGCAGGGUCCUUUUUUCAGAUGCAAUAAACAAUGAAUCUUUUCUUUCAGAAAGUACAACGGAUGCCCGAGACAUGGUUGAACCGAGUGGAUAUGCACAUCCUUUGCAGUGUCGAUCAUCAUGCACCGAAAUGCCAGAAAGUAAUAGAAACUUAUCAUUGCAAUCAGAGGUUCUGGAUAACUCAUGCUCUGAACGUUUUCUAGCUCCUCUCUUGGUUUCUGCUCAUGAUGAUACUUAUGUAUAUACCAGUGAAACCAGUCAUUUAUUUGAAUCUCUCGAACAAGAGCUUGUAGGUGAUGGACAAAAUGGCUUUAUCUACACCAAUGAAUCUGCCAACUCUCCUCCGAACGACGGUUUAAAGAACACAGAACUCCAUAAGCAGCAGGGUUCAAAGGAUUCAUCAAAGCUUGUUCCUGUAAAUACUUUUAGUUCAGAACCAAAAACUGCAGAAAGUUUUCCUUCAUUUAGUGGAAGAGAGAAUACUCAUUCAGAUCAACAGGACCUUAGAGCUCUUUGUUAUGAGCCUCCUCGGUUUCCAAGCCUGGAUGUUCCAUUCCUUAGCUGUGAUCUUGCACCAUCCGCCAGUGAUAUGCAGCAAGAAUAUAGUCCACUUGGUAUUCGUCAACUUAUGAUGUCUUCUAUGAACUGUCUUACGCCAUUUAAGCCAUGGAACUCACCGUCCCGUGAUGAUAGUCCCAUUGCUGUGCUGAAAAGUGCUGCUAAAACAUUCACUAAUACUCCAUCAAUUUUGAAGAAACGCCAUAGAGAGCUCUUAUCUCCUCUAUCCGAGAAACGAUGCGACAAAAAGCAAGAAAUUGAUGUUGGCAUUAGUAGAACAUCGCAGAGUAACCCAAUCAAUUCUAGAAACUCUGAAGACAAGGAAAAUAUCAGUCCAGAUAGCUGCAGUUUCCAGGAGAACAAAAUGCAAGAACUGGUUGGCCAAAUAGUCCAACAGCCUUCACGUAUUCUUGUUGAAUGUGAUUCAAAUGACGAAAUUUCUGAAAUUCCGUGUAGUAGAACCUCAACAGCUUUACAAGAUCAAGAGUUCCCGAAAUUCUCUAACGACCAUUGUGCAGUUGCAAACUGUUCUGUUGCCGGAACGAGCCACGGAAGCCGUCCUCCAACCGCAACGGUGCCCCCUGAGGUUAUUGGUGAUAAUGCCUCGAAGGAGUCCUCUAUUGAACCCGCAACCAUAUUCGGUGGAACUCCAUUCAAUAGGAGCAUUGAAUCUCCUUCAGCAUGGAAGUCUCCCUGGUUCAUCAACUCUUUUCUAUUUGGUUCAAGAAUGGACACUGAUGUACCAAUGGAGGAAGUUGGAUACUUGAUGAGCCCAGGCGAUAGGAGCUACGAUGCAAUUGGGCUAAUGAAACAGGUAGGCGAGCACACUGCCGCUGCGUGUGCGAAUGCUCAGGAGGUUCUGGGAAAUGAAACGCCACAAUCCUUAUUGAAAGGAAGACGUGGGAAAUAUGAGAACCAGAACAAGGAAAAGAGUCAUUUAAGCAACUCACUACAAGGGGUCCGUUCCACUUUGACGCUGGAUAUUAUGACGGAGCGACGGAUUCUGGACUUCAGCGAAUGUGGGACACCUGGCAAAGCGACAGAAAACGGAAAAUCCUCUACGGCAACGGCUAGGAGCUUCUCGAGCCCCUCUUCUUACUUACUAAAGGGCUGCAGAUAGAAAUUUCAAAAGGCUUAUUUAUUCCAUCAAAUGUAUGUUGUUGUUUAUGAUUUGUGUUUGUAUGUGUCUUUUAAACGGGGAAAGGACAAACAUAUUGUAUUCUUUAUUACAUAACAUAGAUAAAAAUAUAUGUUUACAAUUCAGCGAA